AUGUCUAACAACAAGCUAACAGUCCUUUUCGCACCGCUCGACGGUUGGGGUCAUAUCAACGCCUGUCACGGAUUGGCUGAAGAGCUGCACCGUCGCGGCCAUCGCGUCAUCUUCGCCAUUGACGUCGCAUUCAAAGGCAAACUCACGAGAUAUGGCUUCGAGGAAGUGCUCCAUUCGCUGCCUCCCGACCCCAACGCCGACCCAAACAUCGACUUUUGGGCCGACUUUAUAGUCAAAUACAAGGAUUACCUCAAACGCAGUCCCAUUGAGAUCGUGGAGUCUAUGACUGCCAUAGCGUUGAACACGAUGUUUGAUGGCGUGAAGGCCAGGGAUGAUCAGUAUAAGGAGAUCGUCCAUAGAGUCAAACCCGAUGUCAUUGUCAUCGACUCGUAUGUGGGCUGUCCGGCCCUCACCGAAUCGGCUAUCCCUUGGAUUUUGCUCUAUUCAGGCGCACCCCUUCUCGCUUUCAAUAUCGAUAGCCUAACCCCGGGCUGGUCUGGACUUCCAACGAAUAGUGAUAAGAAUGAGUGGAACGCCUUCCGGAAGCGAUUCAACGUUGCCUUCAGUGGUAUUAAUAAGAAAGUCGACGAUUGGUAUAAAGAUAUGACCGGAAAAGGAUUGGCACUAAAGCCCGGAUCAGUGCCUCACCCGCUGUCCAAACACCUCAACGUUUAUAUGACUCCCAAAGAGUUGGACUUCAAAGACGCGCAUCCAUUGCCCCACAACUGGACACGAGUUGACGGCUUCGUGCGCACCACUGAUGACACCUUUGAGAUACCGGAGUCUCUGAGGGGUAGACCCGGAAAACUGGUGUUCCUAUCGAUGGGUUCGUUCGGUUGCGCCAACUUAGAGCUCAUGACUAGAGUGACCGCAAUAUUAGGCAAAUCCGAGCAUAAGUUCAUUGUAGCGAAGGGUCCCCUCCAUGACAAGUAUGACUUACCGGACAACAUGUGGGGCCAGCAGUUUGUGCCGCAGACAGCGAUCCUACCAGUGGUUGAUUUGGUGGUCACUCACGGCGGCAACAAUACGGUCACCGAAACCUUCUUUUAC